AGAGGUCAGCACCACCAGUAGCAGCAACACAACAGGAAGCGACGCAACCCUGACUUGGAAAGCUGGAAUUGCGCAGCAGAAGUGCCUGGCAAGAGAAGCCAGCAAACUCUGGGCUCUCUCCCAUUCCGGCCGCUGCGCUGCUGCAGGGUUGCGUGGUCAAGCCGUCUUCAAUGGACACCGGGCAGGAGCUGGAGAGCAGCUGUUGUCCCCCAGCGGAGCGAGGAGGUGACCAGAUGGACAGGGGGGCAUGGAGUUGAACCGGCUGCUGGUCUUUGUUGUAUUCCUGUUCCAGAUGAGACUGUCGGGGAUGUGGCCUACGGAGCUUGUAUGUGACAGGCGACUAAUCCAGAAAUACGUGGCGGAAGCGGUGGAAAUGGAGGAAACGUUGAGCCAAUGCGAAGAACUUCCUUCGCUUCUGGAACCUAUGCAUUUACCCUCGGUGGGGUUGAGCCUCAGGGUGUGGAAGACAAAGACGAACGAAGCCAAGACACAGGAAAUCCACCAAGUGUUGGUCAAACUGAUGGAUGGCAUAGCCGCGGCCCAGCGAUCGACGAACGAGACCUGCAUCCUGGUACGUCUUCAGCAGCUUUAUGAGAAGGUCAACUUCUUCCUUCUGCACUUAAGAAACUUCCAAGGGCAGGAACAAAGCGGAACUACACAGCCAGAAAACGUCCCCAAACUGAUUCUGACGAGGAACCUCAGGACGGUCUUCUGGACCUACGUCCAGCUUUUGCGAGGAAAACUGAACUUCCUGUUCUAUGACCUCCGGAAAGACUCCUGUGCUGAGGAGGACCAUCCACCUGGGGUUGCUUUUCCACCUUAGCACCUUGAUCCCAUCAAGAGGGCGCUGCCUCAUCCUGCAGGCGGGCUGGCAAGAGACAUCGACAAGGGCAGCUAUUGGAGGAGAAAAAAGCCAUCGCUGGGGUGGAAGAACAGGGCUGGCCAAGCCCUCAACGUGGUGGGGGAAGAAAAAAGGGAAGAGGGAGGGGCGUUGUGUUAAUCCUGGAGAUCCCGAUUCUCUGCAUUUCGUACCGGCUUGCUUCAGCUGC